ACUUUAUUUAGUUCAACUUACGAGGAAAUGUACAGACGUGUUUGAGUCAGGAUGUCUCAUACUUCUGGUGAAUUUAUCCACGUUUCACCAUGGGGAUGACUCUUUUGUUAUUAUCUGCCUCUCAGAUGAGUGAAACUAACACUCCUGUACAAAUGGUUGUCUAACUUCUUCAGGGUUAACUCUACCAACAUGGACUUUGUUUUGGUUUUCCCACUGAUACUUGCCUUCCUUUCCACUGUAGUGACACAACAGAAGAGUAACUCAUCAUGCCAUGUAAAGUGCCCAGCUGGAUAUCGUAUAGAUAAAAAGAAGAUUGGUGACUGUGCAGAUGCAAAGCACAGAUGUGAACGAUGCGGUGAAGCGACAUACACAGCUCAAGAAAACACUCGUACCGAUUGUAUUAGGUGUACCUCGUGUGGUAAUUAUGAGGUGGAACUAAAGCCAUGCACCUUCAAUAGUAAUGUGGUAUGUGACUGUAAGAUGAAUCACUACAAUAAAAGCUCAAGCUUCGACGGCCAAUUGGAUUGCCAGCCGUGCAGCUGUGAACGUUGUGGAGAUCUUGAUAUAUAUCCCGACUACAAUAGGAAGUGCCAGCCCUGCCAAAGGUGUUUGGAAUUCCCAAAGUGCAAGAAGAAAUGUUUAAAAACAUAUCCAACAAAUCUCCCUACGGCUGCAACCACAUCUCCAUCUCCAUCUCCAUCUACAGCUACACAAUCCACUGUUUCAAACAACACAUCGGAUCCUGUUGUGGUUCCGCUUCUACCUCAAUGGAACACAGUUCCCUGGAUGUUCCUCGUGGUGUUUAUUUGGUGUCUGGUGGCAUUUGUGUGCCUUUUGCCACUGCUGAUCUGCAGCAGGAACUGGUUCAGAGACCCAGUCAGUUGUCCCUGCUGGACUGAGAACAAAGAUCUGGAGCCGCCUAUGGAACUCACGAUUUUCAAUGAACAAAGCAGUCAUCAAGGCGGCAGCCCCGAAACGCAGACAAUUAACAUAUCAGAGGUAUCUCCCAUGAUGACUGUCAGCCAGACACCAGAACAUCCAGCCCCUAUCAACCCUGCAGACGAUGAACACAAAGCCUCCAGACAAGACGAGCACUGGCCGGCCAUCAUCCUCUACGCGAUUAUAAAGGAGGUGCCCUUGCGUAGGUGGAAGGAGUUCUUGCGUCUGCUCUCUGUGGCUGAUCAGCAGCUGGAACGAGUGGAGCUGGAGGCCGGUUUGGGUCUGGGCUCCAUGGAGAGGCAGUACCAGAUGCUGAGGCUGUGGAGCCAGCGCUCCACUGCGAGCCUGGAUGACGUCUUCUCGGCCUUGCACUAUAUGGAUUUAUCUGGCUGUGCCCAGCUGCUGCAAGAAAGCCUGGAGAGGCUGCAGGGGAGGCCUGAACUGACGCAAGGUACUACAGCCUGCAGCGGUAUCACAGACCAUGGAUAUAAUGGAACCAUGCAGGACACCUGAUGCUGCACCUGUGGACACAAGUACCAUACUAUUUAUGAGAGACAUAUAAGUGCUUCAACUGUGGAAGCUGUUCUAACAGAGGAAAUCACUGACUGUACUACAUAACAUGUACAACCACAGAAAAACUGUGAUAACAUCACAACUGACAUUACAACUAAGUAAUGCAGAUGCAUAUUACAGUCUAGCUUGGAGUUAAAUCGCACUGGUUAAAUGGAGCACUGUGGAUAUCCUGAUAGGCCCAACUACAGUUGGGGUGUUUCCUCUUUUCCUACUUCUUUCAAUGGUUAAAUGUCAUCAAAUGCACUCUAGAUAAGUGUAUAUAUUUCUGGAGUCUUUAUUGGGUUGACCUUUAUUUUACCUCCAAAUUGAGACUUGCAGAAUGUACUGUGUGUAUAGACAAUAAUGGGUUUGUUGCAGUGCUGGUUCUGGUGGGUUCCUCCAGUCUUUGUGGCAACACCAGCAGCAGUAGCAUUUCUCAGAAGGACAUCGUUGACACUCAGGCAGAAGUCUUGUAAUCUGGGUGUAGUGUAAAAAAGAAAAUUCAGGGAAAUCCCCCUUCCAUGAGCUAUACUGUUAAAAUGCCCUUUAGCGCACACCACAUAACCGCAAGCUUCUUGCGUGCCACUUCAUCAAGGCCAACAGUUGAGGGCUGUGGUUUUACAGCAGAAUGCUGACAUGUAAAUGUGUGUAACUCUAUGAUUGUAUGUGUAAGCAGGGAACGCUAAAAAGGAAGAAAGACGUCCCUGUUUGAAUUCCAAAGAAGAUGGCUUGAGAAAUCUGCUUAUUUUUAGCAUUUGACCAGUCAAAAUUAAUACUCUUCUUCAGUUUGAGUGUUCUAACUGUGUGAACAUUUCAUUGAACAUCCAUGAUGUUUAAGUCUGGUAUCUCCUUCAUCUCCGUUGAGCAUGAAAGUCUGAUGUAACAACUCUUGUUGUGUUCCCUCGUCGUAAGGGAAGGAAAGUGAAAUCCCCACAGGACGUCAGAUAUUCAGUUUUCUGCAAAUAAAAUGGUGUCAAGCUGCAGGAGGCUGGGUUUUUUGCUCACCACAUUUAUUCCAUCCAAAAUGAGUGUUUCCUGUUGUGGGGUUUGCCUCUCACUUUGAGAGUUUGUUGUGUCAAUUCAGUGACUGACAGUAAAGGACCUGGACUUUCCAGUAAAUGGAGUUUAUUAUUGAUUUUAGAAAUUGUAAUCUAGGUGCGCAGUUUGUGACAUUAGAUGUGUGUGUAUUUUUUCAUUUUUAUUUUUCAUUUUGUUACAUAUUUUAAUACAAAGCUCAAUGAGUUUACUAUGCUGAACCUGUCAGGUUAGGAAUUUUAUCCUCACUGGAGUCAGCUGUGUGAUAUAAAUGUAUGGUGGUAACAUGGUACUGUAUGAACCUUAGUCAAAGUGUCAUCAUUCGGUAUGCCAUAAUAAAAU